UAGAUAAAAAGUCCACUGCCCGCUCCCGGUCUUGGUGCCCAGUCAGCGGCUCCACUGUUAAUAUGUAAACGGUACGAUGAUUGAAGACUGAAGGCAGUUUCCCCGGCUGUGCCCUGAACCCGGGCCUCGCGCCAUUGGCCGCCAGCUCAAGCGGCCAAACAACCAAUGGGAGGGCGCCGACCACGAGCCGUCCUCCCUUGGGCCGCGUGUCCCUCGCCCUGAUUGGUGGAAAGUUACUGUGGGAAAGAAAGUUUGGGAAGUUUCACACGAGCCGUUCGCGUGCAGUGCGAGAUAUAAAUACAAGCCACACGCGGAGAGCCCAACAGAGAGACUCUGCAUCCGCUCCUGAUAAGUGCUGCUGCUGUUGCUGCGCAUCACUCUUACGGAUUUAACGCACAUCUCAGGAUAUUUUUGAGAGAAGGACGUCUCGAAACAUUCGUCGUCCUUUACCCUCUCAUCUUUGGAUCGUAAUUUUGUGCUUUUGUGGGAUAUUUCCGAUCAAAAAGAUGCCUGCCGACAUGAUGGAAAAAUCAUCCUCCUCUCCGGUUGCUGCCACCCCGGCAAGCAUGAACACAACUCCCGAUAAACCCAAGACAGCCUCUGAGCACCGAAAGUCAUCUAAGCCCAUUAUGGAAAAGAGAAGAAGAGCCAGAAUCAAUGAGAGCCUGGGACAACUGAAAACUCUCAUCCUGGAUGCACUCAAAAAAGAUAGCUCCAGACAUUCAAAACUUGAGAAGGCGGACAUCCUGGAGAUGACGGUGAAGCAUCUGCGGAACCUCCAGAGAGCUCAGAUGACCGCUGCUCUGAACACUGACCCCACUGUUCUGGGAAAAUAUCGGGCCGGUUUCAGCGAGUGCAUGAAUGAAGUCACUCGGUUCUUAUCCACCUGCGAAGGUGUCAACACCGAGGUGAGGACGCGGCUCCUCGGACACUUGGCUAGCUGCGUGACCCAGAUCAACGCUAUGAACUACCCCAGCCAGCAUCAGCACCAGCACCAGCUGCCAUCCAGCACCGGACCGACCCACCCUUCCUUCGGCCAGUCAAUGGUGCAGAUCCCCAACUCGUCCCCGCAGGUCCUGCCCAUGAACGCGGUGUCUUGUAAAGGAGGCUCCUCGCCGGCUAGUUUACCUUCAGAUGCCACCAAAGUGUACGGCGGUUUUCAGAUCGUGCCUGCCACAGACGGACAGUUUGCAUUCCUCAUACCCAACGCUGCAUUUGCGCCAAACGGCCCCGUUAUCCCCGUGUAUGCCAACAACGUCAGCACGCCGGUGCCUGUACCGGCUGCGGUUUCCCCCGGAGCCCCAUCGGGCAACUCGGACUCAGUGUGGAGACCCUGGUGAACAGUGGGGAAAAAAGGACCAUAAAGACUUUGAAAUGACACUUAAUAGUUCUCUCUUUGUUUAAUGUUAGAAAGUUGUUUUUGAAUUUGUUUUUUUUCCUUGUAAAAUGGAGAGAGUAUGCACUAUAUUUGUACAGCUAACAAGGGAGUAAAGUUCAUAUUGAAAUGAGAUCUGUAUUGUGGAAGUCCGUUCACUGCUUUUUUUUAUAUAUUUGAGUUGUCUUUUUUACUGUGUGAUGCCAAAGAUAUGUUCAAUGCUCUUAUGAUGUUCUUCGUUUUGGAAGACGAAUAAAUUUGUAAAGAUAUUAAAAACACUCACUUGA